AAUCCGGGAAAAAAAGUCAAAUGGUCCUAAACUAUGUUACUGGCUGUUCCAACUUGUAAUGUGGAAAGGGAGAGAGAAAAGUCUCUUUGCUUUCAAGCUCAAAACUCUCUAUCCCUCUAGGGUAACGACUGUGUUCUCAAAUCCAAUUCCCAUUUCCCAAAUUUCGCUCUGAUUACGCCUUUUUCCAAUUUUGUCUCCCAUUUUUCUGUUCCUUUCUCAGGGAUUUUUCUGUUUUUGAUACCGUUUUUUCUUUUUGGUUCUAAAAUUGGUCGUUGAAUCCCUUUUCUUGUCUCGUCAGACGAGGCCCAUCUAGGUUUUUUAAGCUCCAAUCGAAGGAUGGAAUUCUGGGUUUCUUAGUCUGGAAGCUGGGUGUUUUGAAUUUUUGAAAUUCGGCUUCGUUUUUGGCCUCACGUUUGAGUGUCUGCGAAAUGUUGUAUCAUGUAUGUUCUUCUUCGUGAUUAUAACGGAUUAUUGUCGUCUUUCAUCCAAUUCUGCAAUGGCGUUGCUUUCUAUCAUAAUUGGGAGGUUUUUGUAGCAAGAAUAUUCUACUUUUGAAUGUUGGUUUUUUUAUUGUUGAGGGAAACAACAAAACAAAGGGAGUUUUUGGAUAACAGCUUCUAAAAAUGAAGCUUGUGGUUAGGGUAAUUGAAGCAAGAAAUCUACCUGCAAUGGAUCUAAACGGGUUGAGUGAUCCAUACGUGAGGUUGCAGUUGGGAAGGAACAGGUUCAGGACUAAAGUGGUGAAGAAGAGCUUAAAUCCAUCAUGGGGUGAAGAGUUCAGUUUCUGGGUUGAGGACUUGAGUGAAGAUCUUGUUGUGUCUGUUUUGGAUGAGGAUAAGUACUUUAAUGAUGAUUUCGUUGGCCAAUUGAGAGUCCCAGUUUCCCGGGUUUUUGACGCUGAGGUUAAGUCUCUGGGCACUACCUGGUAUAGCCUGCAUCCCAAGAGUAAGAAGUCCAGGAGCAGGGAUUGUGGUGAAAUUCUUCUCAAUAUAUUUUUUUCUCAAAACAGUGGAUUCAUGCCCUUGCAUUCUGAUGAUGACCAUGUACCACCCUUGAGGAAGCAUCCAGAUGUUACAAUUGAAUCUCCUUCAAGGUCUUUCAAUGGAAGCUCAAGGUCAUCUUCUCCAAUGCCUUCUGGGAUGAGAAUGGAAGAUAUUAUUGGCUCCAAGGAAGAGAAGUUAAAUGCUCAAAAAACCAUUGCAGGUCGAAUUGCUCAAAUUUUUGUUAAAAAUGGGGAUCUGGCAUCCUGCACCUCUGCUGGAAGCAUUGACUCAUCAGAGCUAUCUGAAACUUCCAUACCUGAGGUUUAUGAGAACAAGCUGGAGGAGCAAUCCUCCUCUUCUUGCAGUUUUGAAGAGUCAAUGAAAAGAAUGGAAUCGACAGAUCAAGGAAAUGAAUGUCUGAGCAAUUUACCAGGAGGAGUACUUCUAGACCAGUUGUAUGUGGUUGCAUCCUCAGAACUUAAUUCCUUGCUCUUUGCACCUGAUUCGAAUUUUCCCAGAGCUUUAGCAGACCUGCAAGGAACAACAGAGCUGCAACAAGGACCUUGGGUAUUUGAGAAUGGUGGUGAUAGCUUGAAAAGAGUGGUUACUUACAUUAAGGCUGCAAGUAAAUUAAUAAAAGCUGUGAAAGCCACAGAGGAUCAAACUUAUCUAAAAGCUGAUGGGAAGGUUUUUGCUGUUUUAGCUAGUGUAAGCACUCCAGAUGUUAUGUAUGGAAGCACUUUUAAGGCGGAGGUGCUAUACUGCAUAACACCUGGGCCAGAGAUGCCAUCAGGAGAACAAUCUUCGCGGUUGGUAAUAUCCUGGCGGAUGAACUUUAGUCAGAACACUAUGAUGAAAAGUAUGAUAGAGGGUGGAGCUAGGCAGGGCCUGAAAGACAGUUAUGCUCAGUAUGGAAAUUUAUUAGCUCAGAAUGUUAAGCCAGUUGAUCCAAACGAUGCGGGGUCCAACAAGGAACAGGUUUUGGCUUCAUUGCAAGCAGAGCGCCAGUCAGACUGGAAGCUGGCAGUUCAGUAUUUUGUGAACAUUACUGUGGUUUCCACAAUUUUUGCAGUAUUAUAUGUGUCUACCCACAUCUGGAUUGCCACGCCUAGCCCAAUUCAAGGACUUGAGUUUGUUGGGCUAGACUUGCCAGAUUCAAUUGGUGAAGUGAUUGUGUGCAUCCUCCUGGUUAUUCAAGGUGAGCGAGUGCUGAAGAUGAUAGCACGGUUCAUGCAGGCCAGAGCACAAAAAGGCAGUGAUCAUGGAGUCAAAGCACAAGGAGAUGGGUGGCUGCUAACUGUUGCCUUGAUUGAAGGCAGUAAUUUAGCAGCUGUUGACUCAAGUGGAUUCUCUGAUCCAUAUGUGGUUUUUACUACUAACGGAAAAACUAGAACCAGCUCAAUUAAGUUUCAGAAAUCUGACCCUCUGUGGAAUGAGAUAUUUGAAUUUGAUGCAAUGGAUGAGCCUCCAUCUAUGCUGGAUGUGGAAGUUUUGGAUUUUGAUGGACCUUUUGAUGAAGCUACAUCACUGGGCCAUGCUGAAAUCAACUUUGUGAAAACCAACUUGUCAGAUCUAGCUGAUGUUUGGAUUCCUCUUCAGGGAAAGUUGGCCCAGGCGUGUCAGUCUAAGCUACACUUAAGAAUCUUCUUGAACAAUACCAGAGGUAACAAUGUUGUCAAGGAGUAUCUAACUAAGAUGGAGAAGGAGGUGGGGAAGAAGAUAAACUUGAGGUCUCCUCAAACAAAUUCGGCAUUUCAGAAACUCUUUGGACUUCCACCAGAGGAAUUUCUCAUCAAUGAUUUUACUUGUCACUUGAAACGCAAAAUGCCCAUGCAGGGACGGUUGUUUAUGUCUGCAAGAAUAAUUGGGUUCCAUGCAAAUUUAUUUGGCCAUAAAACAAAGUUCUUUUUCCUCUGGGAGGACAUAGAUGACAUUCAAUUUGAAACUGCUACGUUGUCAUCGAUGGGCAGUCCAAUCAUUGUCAUGACACUCCGGAAAGGCAGAGGUAUGGAUGCAAGGCAUGGCGCAAAAUCACAGGAUGCACAAGGGAGGCUGAAGUUCCAUUUCCACUCUUUUGUCUCUUUCAAUGUAGCACAAAGGACAAUUAUGGCUUUAUGGAAGGCAAGAUCCUUGAGUCCUGAGCAGAAGGUGCGGAUAGUUGAAGAGUCCGAAUCCAAAAGCCUUCAAACUGAAGAGACUGGAUCCUUUUUGGGGCUUGAAGACGUCUACAUGCCAGAGGUUUAUAGUUCUGUUCUUUCUCUUCCUGCAAAUUUCUGCGUGGAGUUAUUUGGUGGGGGUGAAUUGGAAUAUAGGGUUAUGCAGAAAGCAGGUUGUCUUAACUACUCUUUAACUCCAUGGGAGUUGGAUAAGGACGGUAUAUAUGUGAGGCAAAUUUGCUACAAAUUUGAUAAGUGUGUUUCCCGUUAUAGAGGAGAAGCAGUGAGUACCCAGCAAAGAUCUCUCCUUCCUGAUAGAAAUGGUUGGGUUAUUGAAGAAGUCCUGACUCUCCAUGGGGUUCCACUUGGUGACCAUUUCAAUCUUCAUUUUAGAUAUCAAAUUGAACAUGCACCAUCAAAAGGUAAGGCAUGUCAUAUCUGCGUAUAUUUUGGAAUUGCAUGGCUGAAAAGCACAAGACAUCAGAAAAGGAUCUCAAAGAACAUCCACUCAAAUCUGCAAGACCGGCUGAAGUUGAUGGUGGGUGAAGUUGAAAAGGAAUUUUUAACUGGAAAGUAGAUGGUUCUGCUGCAUCAGUCUGUCAAUUUCACAAACAUAGUCGGAGAGAACUGAUCUGAGGCUGCCUCACAUUAUGCAGAUAUGAGUUACUUCAUGACAUGAUUUUGCCACACCUUCUAACCUCGGGUUUGUAUAGUUGUUGUAGCAUAUAGUUUGUGUCAAUCAAUUCCAAGUUUCCAACUCAGUCUUCAUCUCAGGCCGACGUAUCCGCUGGCGGGUCCUCUACUAGGGGCUUUGGAGUCUGGAUCCAAACCCAUCUCCCAUUGAUUUGAUUCUUUCUAUACCACUAGUGAGAUCAAAAACCCUUCUCUAGGUGGGUCUAACAAUGGUUGCCAUUCUACUACUUUGUGGUCAGUUGGUAUGCCACUGCCAGAAAUCUGUUCAAAUGUUUGCUAAAAUAUAUGUAUCAUGCAACUAUUUUAUA